AUGUCAUGUCGCGACAUGGCAGAAGCUUUACGGGACUGUAUGUUGCAGCAAGAAUGUAUGGGUGACGGUACAAAGACAUUGAAGGAAUGUCUACAUGAUCGCAAGUAUUCACACGAAUGUAAGGAAUACCGCGUGGCGUAUUUUGAGUGUAGACGUGGCCAAUUGGAUAUGAGACAGCGCAUUCGAGGGCCUAAAGGAGGCACGUCAAAGCGUACAGAAGGUAGCUAG